AUCGCAAAUAAGAAAGAGGUGGAAUUAAUCCAAUGUAGUAUUUUUGUCUCGAGGACUACUACUGUCGGUAUCCCUAGAUAUGAUGCCCGCCCAUAACUAUCAUGCGGGCCGUAUUAUUACCAACAACCAGUGUGGUAGUAAGUAUAACAAACGCAUUUUCUACCUCCGAACCAGUCUGUCUUGUGGGCAAGGCUUAUGAGAUUGAAGGUCGGGAGAAUGCGUGGGUGGCAGCUUACCACCAGCCAGUCAUCCCACUCUUUGACUCCCAGCAAGUCCUUUCCAGCAACCCCUCACUUCCCCUCUAUGCCCAAGCCCAAAAAAACCCUUUGACUGGCGACUGUCCUAAUUCGGAUGUCCCAGCGGCACUAACCGUAAUGGUCUCCGGUUUCAAUUCGGCUCUCGAAAUACACAUUCCUCUGUUACCAAUCGUCAUCCUAAACUCGAACGAGGAAGUAGUCAACUCGUGAUGCUUGACACCUGGAAGUCUAAUUAACAUAAUCAGGUCUUGUGAAGACACCAGAU